AGAGUUGAAUUGCAAGUGAGACCGAGGAGCACAAGAAGUCAGUGCUACUGGAAAAACAACUCGAACAUCACGGUUGAUGACAGUUAGAAGAAUGCUUUCCACUGAACUUCCCGACAUAAUUUGUUACGCAGAAUGUCUCUGAGUGAGAACUCGGUUUUUGCCUAUGAAUCCUCUGUGCAUAGCACCAACGUCUUACUCAGCCUGAAUGACCAGCGGAAGAAAGAUGUGCUGUGCGACGUCACCGUCUUAGUGGAGGGCCAGCGAUUCCGUGCCCACCGGUCUGUGUUGGCAGCAUGCAGCAGUUACUUCCACUCAAGAAUUGUAGGCCAGGCAGAUGCAGAGCUUAACAUCACUCUACCAGAAGAGGUAACAGUUAAAGGAUUUGAACCUUUAAUUCAGUUUGCCUAUACUGCCAAACUGAUUUUAAGUAAAGACAAUGUGGAUGAAGUGUGCAAGUGUGUGGAAUUUUUAAGUGUACAUAAUAUUGAGGAAUCCUGCUUUCAGUUUCUCAAAUUUAAGUUUUUGGACUCCACUGCAGACCAGCAAGAAUGCCCAAGAAAAAAAUGUUUUCCUCCACACUGUCAGAAAACAGACCUUAAAUUUUCACUUUUGGACCAGCGGGAUCUAGAAAUUGAUGAAGUAGACUUUCUGGAAAAUAAAAAUGUUCAGACUCCUCAAUGUAAACUCCGCAGGUAUCAAGGCAAUUCAAAAAUAUCACCACCUCUACAAGACAGUGCCAGUCAGACAUGUGAAUCCAUGUGCUUAGAAAAAGAUGCUGCCCUGGCUUUGCCAUCUUUAUGCCCCAAAUACAGAAAAUUCCAAAAAGCUUUUGGAACUGACAGAAUCCGCUCUGUGGAGUCUAGUGUCAAAGAUGUCCAUGCUUCUGUUCAGCCAAAUGAGACCUCUGAAAAUGAAUGUCUAGGAGGAGCACAAGACUGUGCAGAUUUGCAGGUGAUUUUAAAAUGUGAAGAAAGUAAAUUAGCGAUGGAACAUGAAGAAACAAAGAAGAAAGAUCUUGCUUCUCAGUGCCCAACUGAAAAAUCAGAAAUGACUCCUUUCCCCCACAAUUCUUCUGCAGACCCUCAUGGACUCUAUUCUCUUUCUCUUUUACACACAUAUGACCAAUAUGGUGACUUGAAUUUUGCUAGUAUGCAAAACACAACAGUGUUAACAGAAAAGCCCUUGUCAGGUACAGAUGUUCAAGAAGAGAAAACAUUUGGUGAAGGUCAAGAUUUACAUUUGAAAUCUGACUCAGGCCCCAAGGAAGACAGUAGCCUUGCAUCUAGUGAUCGGAGUAGUGUGGAAAGAGAAGUGGCAGAACACCUAGCAAAAGGCUUCUGGAGUGACAUUUGCAGCACAGACUCUCCUUGCCAGGUUCAGUUAUCACCCGCCAUGGCCAAAGAUGGCUCAGAACAGACCUACUCACAGAAACGGUCUGAGUGUCCCUGGUUAGGUAUCAGGAUCAGCGAGAGCCCAGAACCAGGUCAAAGAACUUUUACAACAUUAAGUUCUGUCAACUGCCCUUUUAUAAGUACUCUGAGUACCGAAGGCUGUUCCAGCAGUUUGGAAAUUGGAAACGACGAUUAUGCUUCAGAACCCCAGCAGGAACCUUGUCCAUAUGCUUGUGUGAUUAGCUUGGGCGACGACUCUGAGACAGACACAGAAGGAGACAGUGAAUCCUGUUCAGCAAGGGAACAGGAAUGUGAGGUAAAACUGCCAUUUAAUGCACAACGAAUUAUUUCACUCUCUCGAAAUGAUUUUCAAUCCUUGUUGAAAAUGCACAAGCUGACUCCAGAACAGCUGGAUUGUAUUCAUGAUAUUCGAAGAAGAAGUAAAAACAGAAUUGCUGCACAGCGCUGUCGCAAGAGGAAACUUGACUGUAUACAGAAUCUUGAAUCAGAAAUUGAAAAACUGCAAAAUGAAAAGGAGAGCUUAUUGAAGGAAAGAGAUCACAUUUUAUCAACUCUGGGUGAGACAAAGCAAAACCUAACUGGACUUUGCCAACAAGUCUGUAAAGAAGCAGCUCUGAGUCAAGAACAAAUACAGAUACUUGCCAAGUACUCAGCCUCAGAUUGCCCACUUUCAUUUUUAAUUUCUGAAAGAGAAAAAAGUACUCUUGAUGGUGAACUUGCAUUACCAUCAAUUUUUAGUUUGUCUGAUGGGUCUCCGGCUGUGACGCCUCCCAGUGCAAGAGGGAACAGUGAGGCCAGCUCUGCAGAGGGGCAGGAGUCACAGCAGGUGUCCACAGCUACCUCUGAGCAGGCUGGCUGUGUGGUACAGUGUCGUCAGAGUGGCGGGAUCUCAGAUUUCUGUCAGCAGAUGACUGAUAAAUGUACUACUGAUGAGUAAAUGUGUGUCUGCUUCCUUCUAAUCAUCUAAUUUUCCAUUGAAAUUUUGGCAUUAUCUUUAAAGGCUAAUACGGUCAUGCAUUGCUUACCAAUGUAAUUUUUUUUAUUAGUUUGCUGUUAAGGAAAUUUCUCUUAAGUCAACCCGCAUUUCUCCUUGAUUUCAGCAAGAGACACAGAAAUGAUUUGUCUGCUGGAUACCAAAAAGUCACAUGUGAGAUGGGAGUAAGCCUUUAAAACUUAUGUUUGAAAGAAUAAUAACUAUUGUAACUCAUCCCAGUAUUCAAUAUAAGUAAGUAAGAGAAUGAAAACUGAAUCAUACCAAACAGCAUGCAGGUCAUUUCUGCUAAAGAAGUGACCUGUCGAAGCUUAAUAAUCUGAUCUUUUUUGCAAUAAAUUGGUUUAAAAGAAAAUUUCUCUCCAGGUAAUAUUACUAGAGUUCUGUUCUACUCAGAAGUAGAGCAUCAGUUAAUGGAAAUAUUUGUGUAGAAUCUCAAUGUGAAAAAGAAAUCGACUUGCUUAAAUUCCAGAGUUUUGAUCGUCAGCUCCUACUAAAACUAGAGGUUGGUUGGACUUUACUGUGACUUUUAAGUCACCCUCCAUUGGGAAGAUUUAAUAAAUGGAUAGGUGGUUGGCUAAGGAUAGGCCUUCUGUUCUUCCUCAUUAUCAUCUGUAGAAAUUCUGGCUGCAUAAACAGUAGAUAAGUGUCAUUUUUACUCUUUUUUUCUUGUUUAGUCUCUAUCACUUCUGGGUCCAUUGUGAACUUCUGUUACCUGACGUUUUUGUCCCUUUGGAAGAAGUAGGAUUCAGGAAACAGGCAGAGUAGUGCCCUGGAAGCAUUGUUUUAGACUGAGCUUAGCCACGUAUCAGACUGUUCAUUCUUCCAAUGGAGGUCACUAAUACCAGAAGCCAGACAUCAGGGAGGAAGAAAAUUGCCCACACCAGGAGUGCAGUUCACAUCCCAUUCUCUUUUGAAAUCCUAUGGUUUUAUGUGUAAAAAAACAUUGUUUUAGGUAAAACUAUAUCUACAGUAACUCUGUAGGGUUGUGAAAUAGGAUGAAACUUGAUCUUUACCAUUGUAAGUUGCAUUUGGUUUAAUCCUUACUCUCUUCCCAAAUCUGGUGCAAUAUAAAGGCACACAAAUCACUUUCACUUAGGCACUUAAAAUCAGUCUAUAUGUUUAUUUGAUCAUGGUAUAAAAUGUGUUCAUAAUAUCUCAUAACAUUUUAUAGUGGUUCUUAGUUAUUAUGGAGUUAUACAUAUUAGAGAUUGUUCAAAUGAAAACUAGACCUUCAAUGAAAAAAUUCCAAUAUAAUCACAUUCACAGAAUCAUUUGAGAACCCAGUUUUUAAGGGUGCAAUGUGAUAGUUUAUAGUGUUUGGAGUAAGAAAUACUUCACCAAGAUUAGAUGCCUAAGAAAGGCACUUACAUUGACUGCAUCCUUGGAAAGCCUUUGUAGAGAAUGUGGAAGAUGGCCUCCCACUGUGUGGAAAGGAG